GUGCCUUGUGCGUGGAGACGUUUCGGAGGAGGCGAGUUCAACCUUGGAAUUAUUUUUUUAAAAAGGCAUCAAGAUGUCGCUGAAGAAAGAGCUCGUGAACGACCAGCGGUUCACCCGCGUUAACAAAGACCCUCGCUUUUGGGAAAUGCCAGAGAAAGAGCGCAAGGUCAAAAUCGAUAAAAGGUUUCAGGCGAUGUUUCACGACAAGAAAUUCAAGCUGAAAUACACGGUGGAUAAGCGAGGGCGGCCGGUUCAUCGCAGCUCCACGGAAGACAUGAAGCGCUUCUACGCCCUGUCUGAUUCUGAUCUGUCGGAGGAGGAGAAGGAAACGAAGGUGAAAAAGGCAAAACCGAAAGGAGAAGGUGACUCCGGGAGGUCUGGCCCUGAGAACUCUGAGGGGGAAAAGAAAGUGAUAAAUGACUUGUCAAUUUCAAAAUUAGAUUCUUCUAAAAAGGGAGGGCGGGAAAAGAAAUCCCUCAUGCCCCAAAAGAAUCUGAAAGGAACAAAUGCCGCCGAAUUGCCACGAGAGAAGGAGGACCUUGCACCCAAAAAGCAAAGAGGAGUUUCUGUGGAGAACACAGGUUUACCUCAGAGAACUUCACAGAAGAUUCUAGAAGGCUCUGGUAAAGCAACAGAAGGUCGCAGCAGAGGAAGAAUUGAAUUAGCAAAGGGAGGUGAUUUCUCUGCCGCUCACAUCCACAAAAACGACGUAGCAAGUGAAACAUGUAAAAAGGAGGAGAGCUCCGAGCUUGAAGAAUUAGCCGUCGGUGGACAAACCGAAGAGGAAAGCGAGUCAGCAGAUAGCGGAGAUCUGGAAGAGGGAAGCAGUUUGGGGGAUGAAGGAGAAACGACAGAGGAGAGCGACUCAGAAGACAGAGGAGAGACAGGAGAGGAAAGCGAGACGGAUGGUGACGAAGACGACAGCGGGCCCGAUUUGGCCAGGGGGAAAGGCAACGUAGAAACGAGCUCUGAAGAUGAGGAGGAGGAGGAGGAUUUGGCUGAGAUAAUGCCAAAGGAGCCAGACUUUGUGCACGACUGGGGAGAACUGGCAAAAGACGCCCCGCGUACGGAUAAGGUCACACGCAGGUUGGCCGUUUGCAACAUGGACUGGGACCGGCUGAAGGCGAAGGACCUCUUGGCCCUACUGAAUUCUUUUGUACCAAAAGGGGGAGUUAUUUUUUCCGUCAAGAUUUAUCCUUCCGAGUUUGGGAAAGUGAGGAUGAAAGAGGAGGAGGCGAAUGGGCCAACGGAGCUAUUAAGCCUUCCCGCAGAUGUCACAGAGAAAGACAGCAUUUAUAAGGAGACGCUGAGAGAGUACCAGUUCAAACGACUGAGGUAUUUCUACGCCGUCGUAGAAUGUGACUCUGCAGAAACGGCCAAUAAGAUUUAUGAAGAAUGCGACGGGCUGGAGUUCGAGAGCAGCUGUUCGUUUGUGGACCUGAGAUUUAUUCCAGAUGACGUGACAUUCGACGGCGAGCCAAAGGACGUGGCCUCAGAAACGGACGGAGCGCCGUAUAAACCCAAGUUCUUCACGUCUGCUGCCGUAGCGACAUCAAAGGUGGACAUCACUUGGGAUGAGACGGAUCACGAAAGAGUCACGUCCCUGAGCAGAACUUUUAGGAGAGACGAACUGCUGGACAUGGACUUCCAAGCUUACUUGGCUUCGUCCAGCGAGGAAGAGGAGGAGGUUAUAACGCCGUCAGCAGACCUUGCUGGACACAAGCAUCAUCACAAAGACGAAGAAGAGCAAAUUGCAAAAUACAGAGAACUCCUUCAGAGUAUCCAGGAGAAAGAGAAGAAACAUCAAGAAACGGAUAUGGAAAUGGAGAUUAAGUGGGUUCCAGGACUUAAAGAAACCGCUGAGGAAAUGGUAAGACAUAAGCUGGAAGGAAAGGACCAGUUGACUCCGUGGGAACAGUUCUUAGAAAAGAAGAAAGAGAAAAGGAAGAUGAAGAAAAAAAAUCAGAAGGCUGCUGCUGAGGAAAUGCCAACUGACGAUGAGUGUCCAUCUGACGUUGAUUUGAACGACCCGUACUUUGCAGAGGAGAUGGGGAAGCCAGGUCUGAAUAAGAAGUCGAAGAAAUUCAAGAGAGAAGGAGAUGCCCAGGAAAAAGAAGACACGGAAAAACAUAAGGCCGAAAUGGCUCUGCUGCUGAUGGACGAGGGGGAGGAGGAGGACGGGAGGAGCCACUUCAACUACGACAGGAUCGUGCAGCAGCAGAACCUGAGCAAGAAGAAGAGGAAGCUGUUAAUGAAGAAGGAGGAACUGCUGACGGAUGACUUCCAGGUAAAUGUUGCUGACGCCAGGUUCCAAGCCAUGUAUACUUCCCAUCUGUUUAAUCUGGAUCCUUCCGAUCCAAACUUUAAGAAAACAAAAGCAGUGGAAAAGAUUCUGGAAGAGAAAGCUCGUCGAAGACAGCAGGGGAACGUGGAGGCGGCGGAGGUCGGAGAGAGUGUGGCGGAGAAGGAAACAGUCGCUAAGAAGUCUGUCGAUCCUGCGUUAUCGAUGCUGGUAAAAUCGGUGAAGAAUAAAACCGAACAGUUUCAAGCAAGGAAGAAACAGAAAGUCAAAUAAGCGGGACUUCAUUUUUUACUGACAAUAUGGGGCGGGGGGGGGGAAGCAGCUGUGAUUUUCUAAAGGAAUCCAAGCUAAUAUCGGUUCAGGGGUGAACACACGCCUCGUCCAGAACUCUUUUAUUUUCUGUGUUUUUUUGCCAGCCCAGAUGGAGAGAAAAAAAAUUAGUUGCCAAAUGAGUCUUGACUUAAGUCUGUUCUGAGAACAAUGUGAGAUUUUCUUAAAACAAACUCCCUCAGUUUGAUUUGUAUAAAUCGAUGUUGUCAUUUUUACAUGAUGGCCGAGGGCAUUGGCUCUCAAGAGUGUCAGUGAACUUCAGAGAAGUUAUUAUUAUUUUUAAAUGUUCCACUUAAGAUUCAAGAUUUGAGAAGGUUGUAUCGUUCCCUCAGCGUGUGGCUUAACCCAUGCUGAAGAAAAAUACUGGAUGAUUAUUUGAGUCCUGUGGCACCUCUGAGACCUACGAAGUUUUAUUCUGGGUAUAAGCUUUUGUGUGCACG